AUGCCCGCACCGCCUGCUACCGACCAGGACGAAGCUCGCCUUGCAGCGCAGCAAGCCACUGGUAUCGACUUCUUCCCAGGCACUGAAUUGAUGAAAGACAUCAACAACCUCCAUCUCAAGCGCACAGGCACCGAGACUCUCGUCCCACAACCAUCCUCCGACCCAGCCGACCCCGUAAACUGGAGCCGCACCUGGAAAUGGCUUACCAUGAGCUCAAUGGUACUGUCCACAUUCAACUGGGUUUUCAGUCCGCUGGCGUUAGGUCCACAAGUCCCCUACUACAUGGAGUCGUUCAACUCCACCCUCCCCGAAGUUAUCAACUUCACCGGUGUCUCGAUCCUCGUCCUCGGCUUCACAAAUUUGAUCUGGAUUCCAUUCGCUCGUGGGUUCGGUCGACGUCCGAUGGCGAUUUUAACGACGGCGAUCACGACGGUGUCUUGUAUCUGGCGGGCGAGGGCGACGAGUUAUAAUUCUUUCCUUGGAGCGGCGAUUCUUUGCGGAGUUGGUGCUUCUCCCGGUGAGACGCUGGGACCGGUGUUGAUCGCCGAUAUCGGACCCAUCAUCGCGGGCGUCACGGCGGACUUGUAUGGUUGGCAGAGUUUCUGGUGGAUCGCCACUGCUAUAUCUGUCUUCACUAACGUCUGGAUUGUCUUCUUCCUACCGGAGACGAAAUGGGAUCGACGCACGCUGGACGCAAGUACUGCGAAUGCUGGACAAUUGGAGUCGCCGUCGUACAACGCCGGAACGGAGAAGAUGCCCACUUCCAACUCCGAGCAAUCAGUCGUCGACGCAGCGCACGUGGAGCAUUCAUCCCAUGCUCCAGUGGAAGAGGUUCGAGCCUCUCUGCACGGCCGACCAAACCGGAGACAAUUCAUGCCCAUAGUGGGGUGGCGCGCGCACGAGUCAAUCGUGGACGCCGUGGUCCUCCCUUUCAAACUCAUCCGCUUCCCAAUCGUGCUCUGGGGCGCUUGCCAAUUCAACUGUGCCUGCUCCUGCUACCUCAUGAUCAGCCUCACCCAAUCUCAAGCCCUUUCCGCGGCACCAUUCAAUUUCACCGCCGCGCAGGUCGGGUAUACGAACUUGGCCAUGUUCGCAGGGACUUCGAUUGCGCUUUUGACGGCGGGGCCACUAGGCGAUUGGAUGUCGCGACGAGCGACCUCACGCAACAAUGGGGUGAGGGAGCCGGAAAUGCGUUUGCCGGCGUUGGUGCCAUUUGCCGUGUGUUUUCUGGUGGGGUGUGUGAUUGUGAGUGUUGGAUUUCAGAAAGGGUGGAAGUGGGAGGUUAUCGUCGUUGUGGGGUUUGGGCUCGUGGGAGUGCAGGUUGCGGCGAUUUCUGGGAUUGCGAUCAACUAUGUGGUGGAUUGCUACCAACCUGCAGCUGGUGAGUUCCUCGUCGGAGCGACGGUCAUCAAGAAUGUUUGGGGUUAUGGGAUGAGCAAGUUCAUCAACAAUUGGAUUGUGCAGGUGGGAUACAUUGGUCCUUUGAUGACGAUCACUGCUAUGAACGCCGCUCUGCUUGUGUUUGGGGCGUUGCCGUUGUGGGUUUUGGGGAAGAGGGUGAGGGGUUGGUCGGCGAAGAGCUCUGUUCAUCGGGCUGGAUGA